CUUUCAAACAAUUCUUUUAUCAUCAACUUAUAUUAUGUUUCAUAAAGUUUCUCGUGUUUUUUAAACAUCAAAUUAUUUGUUAAUAGUUCCUGCAACAACGCACAGGGUAUCAUCUAAUAGUUAAUAAAAAUGGCAAAGCUUUUACCUCGUGUUUAAAAAAAAUGCAUUAUGUCAUCUUCGGUGCAAAAUCGUCAUUGAUUAGGUGCACCACUUGUAUUGUUUGGAUUAUUAUCUUUUCUUGUUUACAACUAGCGUGCAGAGAGUUGACAAAGUGUCUGUUACUACUAAACUCGUAAUAAUUGAUGUCAUCUCCGUGCCGGUAAACUCUCCUCCUCAUGCAUACCACUCUGAAGCUAAUCUAGUACAAGUCAAUGCUAAAUUGAUGACAGCUGCGAGUAAAAUUCUCCCACCCGCAACAUUAGAAAAUGCACCAGUUGCCACCGUACCCUCUACCCAUAUCUCGGCCUGCAUGAUAAGGCAGGCCCUCGCUGUGAUCGGCGUUGGCUCUCAUUCCUCUACCUUCGAAGUACGAGCCGGCGAAAGUCUUCCAAUCAGAAGCAGCUAGCCUAGCUCCAUGGCUUCGUUCGGGCCGACGGGCUUGCCAAACUCAGAGCACCUGAGGCACACCAACAAAGGGACGAUGAUCUUUAGCUACACCUGCGUCGGCCUCACGGGCGCCGCGCUCUUCUCCGUCAUCUUCUUCUUCUGCUACCAGCUUCGGAACCGGGCGCCGGUCGCGGCCGCGGGAGCGGAGGCCGGCCGCCGCCGCACGGUGGACCUUGCCAAGCUGCCGGAGUUCGCGUACACCCACUCCGCCAGGCACAGCGGCAAGGAGGGUGGCGGGGAAGGCGCGCAGUGCUCGGUGUGCCUCGGCACGGUGCAGGCCGGCGAGAUGGUGCGGCUGCUGCCCUUGUGCAAGCACCUGUACCACGUGGAGUGCAUCGACAUGUGGCUGGCGUCCCAUGACACUUGCCCGCUUUGCCGCGCCGAGGUUGAGCCCCAGCCCCCGGAGGACGAUGGCCAGCCCGAGGUGACGACCGAGCUUCCGGUCUAGGGCUUCGGCCGGUCACCGAAGCUGUCUUCCGCAAGGUGCAUACUAGUUUAGUUUGUAGCUUGUCGCCUGUGUUAGCUCUGAUACAGCAUGUAGUUGUAACUUGUAAAUGCCUCCGUAUACAGAGAAAAAGUUAUUCUGGGUACAACGGAUACUGCAACAUCACCGCUCCUCCUGUACUACAAUUAACGUUCUCCCUUGAGCGUACAAGUUUCUAAAUUCUUCUGUCAGAAGUUGUUUUCAGCAGCUGUGCAAUUAGCUGCACCUGCAUCAUCUAAUUCAAUUUGACACGCCUGAUCGAUCUUUUAAUUCUAGAAGUCAUUAACCGGCCGUAUGAUUGCACAUUUGCACUGGCUAGAAAUUCCCAAAAAUGCACUAUCACUAUUUCAAGUCCAUGAAUAAAAUAUAUUCUAUGAGAAUAAAUAAAACACCUGUUUCAAAAUAAUCACUUCCUAUGUUUCAAAAUAAAA